UUUGGUUUGCGAAACGCACGUGUUUCCGGUUGUUUUGACAGAUCAACAAAAACAUUUACUGAUUUAGAAUUUCAGAAAAAUGGCGCAGUCGGCACAAAAUGUGGCUCGUCACGUAAUACUAACAGGUCCACCUGGAAUUGGAAAGACAACUCUUAUCCAUAAAGUAUGUGGAUCUUUGAAAGAGGCCAGCAUUCCAACUCAGGGUUUCUAUACAGAAGAGGUUAGGGCUGGUGGAAAGAGAACAGGAUUUGAUGUCGUCACACUGGAUGGCCAGCGGGCACCAUUAGCUAGAGUGGGUUCUGAUACAAGUCAUGGAGGCCGAGAGUACAGAGUUGGUCAGUAUUCAGUGGAACUCAAGUCAUUUGAACAGACAGCUUUACCAGUGCUCAGUUUGAAGAAGAUGGAGUCAGGACACUACCCUGUCUUUGUGAUUGACGAGGUAGGGAAGAUGGAGAUGUUCAGUAAGAGUUUCAUCCAGGCUGUUGGCAAAACACUUAGUGCAGCUAAAACGACAGUCCUGGCAACAAUCCCUAUACCAAAAGGCAGACCCAUACCAUUUGUUGAAGAAAUCCGAGCAAGAAAAGAUGCUGUGGUGUUUACAGUUUCCAGAGAGAACCGAGAUGCCUUAUUGGCAGAAGUGUUUCAGGCAGUUAAAGAUUCCUAUAAGACUUUUGGAUCUUAACUCAAACUAAGAGUUUAGAACUGGUUUUGAAAUCUGCAUAAAUCUGCAUUUUUCUGCAUCAUCCAAAGUCUGCAUGAUAAAAAGAAAUAACAUUACUCGUGGACUUCUUAUACACUCCUCCCUGACAAUGUCAUGACAAUGGACUGCAAUGGUGCAGGGAGUGAUUCAGAUCAUGAAUAUGGCUCACACUUUGUAAAAUUUCUCAUCCACAGUCCUUCAUCAUCUUCCAUAUCAUCUUAAUAUAAAACUGUUCUCCCAACAUGUUUUGUGAUUUCAUCUUGAUUCGACACUUUUGUCAGUACCAUUAAAUUCUGAUCAGCGUCACACCAAUAACAAAUUUGUGUCAACUUUCUGUGUGCAGGCCUUUGGGAAUUGAAAAUGUCUUUCAUAUUUGCAAAACCCCUCAUGAUGUCAUAAGUGUAAGGCAUGAAUAAACAAGAGUACCUGUGAGGUACAUGAUACGCCCAUCAGAAGUUUGAUGGGAAAACCAUAGAUAUUAAUGAAUAUGUUACGGACAUGAUUCAAUUCUAAUUAUGUGAAAUAUUUGCAAUGGGAUGGAUGAACAGUUUGUUUUGGACCAACUACUGAUGAUACUGUAUCCAUUGGAGAAGGUGCUGUCUGAUUAAUGAAGUUAUUGUUCUUUAUUAGAAAGAGAAAUUUUGUUUAGCAUGGGUACUCUGGUUACACAUUUAUAUUGGCAGAGAAACAGUUUAUGUAUGUAAUGUUAACAAUAUAGAACCGCAAAAGAAAUUAGCCGGACAAGGAUUUCCUGUUAUGUGCAGUAGACCGUGAAAAGUAGGUCACAGUGACUUAGUAAUCGUAGCAACACACUGCCAUCCCACGUUGUGAGGUUUGAUGGUCCUGUAUGCAUCUUGUGCAAGAUAUGGUCUGGACAAGGACUUUGAUGUCAAGUUGGUUGACAAAAACUUGAAACUGUGAUGGGCAGAAAAGAAAGAUGGAUGUGAGGUAGAAAGUCUUGCAGACAUGCUUGUAUAGUAAAAACAAUUACCAUCACCAAGUUAACUUAAUAUCAACUUUAUUUCAUAUUCAUCACAGAUAAAACUUCUAUUUACAUAAUUUUGCAUUUAGACACAAUAAGUUGGUCCUUGAGACUACACAUGGCCUUGUAGAACUCUUUGAAAAUAAUGGCAUGGUAGAAUUCAAGCAUCACAUUCGGUAACAUAUCGGGUAAUACAUGAGCAUGUGUGCUAUAUGACCUGCAAUGAUAACCGUAAUCUUGAGAUUUAAAUUGCAUACCACGCACAUGAUUAUUUCCAAUUAUUUAUUUCAGAAUGGAGAAGUGCAUGAAAUGUUUUCUCUAAGACCACAAUGUUUUUCAGUAAUCUAUAGAAAUUGACUUGUGGGUCAUGAUGUCACAGAGCUGCCCGUGAAAUCAUUCAACAUAUUGUACAAUUUUUACAGCAGUUUUGCCUCAUCUAGAUAAUACAUGUAUGAUAGAUGUCCAAAUCGUGAUUGUAUGAGCAAUGUAUGAGCUUGCUGAUGUAAAUGGAAAAAUGGUCUUAUAAUACAUGCAUACAGUUAUUAACUGUUUAACGUGAAAACUGGAAACAGAAAUAAAUAUAUUCAAGAGCUGAAUUUUGAUGUCUAAUCUGGAUUCUUCAUCUCCACACACUAAAAUAUAGCUAAAUCUAUAUUAGAUUUCAUUCCUAUCAGUUUAUCAAGUACAUUCCAUCUCCAGUUCGAAGUAUUUGCCUGCAUUGUUGUUUAACUAUAAUAAGUGACUUAGUUUAAGAGUGCAAUUCAACUGAAUGAGUGGUUGGUAAGCGUAAAUCAUUUGUUAUUCAGUUUAGUCCAACAAUAUCCUUUAUGAAAUAUCAAGUAUGACACCAUACACAUGCAGGUUACUGUGUACUAUACUAGUGACAAGCUAUCAAGGGCCAGUAUCACAUUUUACCUUACUUUUUCAAAAAUUAAAACAAAAAUCAGGGGCGGUGAUAGGUAAUGAAAAGUAGGUUACAGACUUUAAUAAAGCAUUUCAGAUUGCAUAUACAUUAGCCUUUUACUCAGCUUGUUUGGAUGCCAGUAAAAAGCAUAUGAUAAAUACAUUAAAAAAUCCAAGAUU